CAACGCUUGCCCGGGAAGCGAGAGAACUGAGCCUGCACGACCCGACUGUGAGCACAGGACUGCCUGCUGGCUGGAGGCUCCAUGAAGUGCAUUCUACUGUGCGUGUGGCUGUCCAGUCUGCUGGACCUCUGCUCCUUCUCGCUGAGUCCCGGACCACACGCCGACGCAAGGUGCAAGGGCAACGAAUGUCACAAGAACGCCACAUGCAAGCAGGUGGCGGGCAAGCUCGGCUGCUACUGCAAUGCUGGUUUCACGGGUGACGGAGUGAAAUACUGCGAAGAUGAUGACGAGUGCCAGAAUGCCACUCUGACCUGCGGGCAGAAUGCGACCUGCACCAACACCUUCGGGAGUUACUACUGCACCUGCGUCCAGGGCUACCAGUCGUCGCAUGGGAAGCAGGUGUUCACCCCCAACGACGGGACCACCUGCCAUGGGAUCUCGGUGAUGCCCUGCUACUUAAUCAGCGACUGCCUGUCCAAGAGGAUUAAUGACACUUUGCAACAGCUGAGCAGCUUCAGUGAACCGCAGAUGGCCCUGGAGGAGAUGGCCAAGAACACCACGGGAGGUCUGACCGCCACCGAUCUGCUUCUGUACGUCGAAGUCCUCUCCAAGUCUGCACCGUCACUUAGUGCAAUCAACGAGAGCCUACCCAAUCCAACCGCAGCUGCCAACGUCACCAUCAACGCCAUUGUGAAAACAGUGAACAAUCUUUUAAAGCCGAGCGAGAUGGUGGUGUGGAGUGAAAUCGCGGAGGACGAGAGGAGGAGAAGUGCCACAAAGUUGCUGCACAUGAUGGAGACAUCAGCCAUCAGCAUCUCCCAACAUUUGAGGAGAACCACGGAGCUGGAGUUCAAAGAGACUGACGUUGCCCUCAAACUGUACACUUUUGAUCUAAGUCAAGAUGAGCAACUUCAAACUCAAGCGAAUUUGGAGCAUAAUCAUAUACGCAUUUCCCAACGGAAGGCAGAUAGAUCCGUCUCUAAUGGGACUGUUGCAAUCAUUUUCCUUCAGUACGAUAGUAUUGGCUCGCUGCUGGAUGCCUCCAACAGCUCGCGGGAGAGGGAGGUGAACGGGACAGCGGCUCGGAAGGAAUACGCCUUGAACUCGCCCAUCGUUGCCGUGGCGAUCAGAGCAAACCCUCCAACCCUCUACCGCAUGGACCACAUCACAUUCACACUGAGGCAUUUGGAGCCUGUGAAGAAGGAGGAAUCUGUCUGUGUGUUUUGGAAUUACUCAGCUCUCAGCAUGGAAGGGGAGUGGGACACUGGAGGUUGCGAGAGACUCCAUUACAAUGCCACGCACACCUCCUGCCGUUGCAACCAUCUGACCAACUUUGCGGUCUUGAUGUCCUCUACCCCGAUGAAAGAUGUUCUACAUAAUAAUAUCCUGACUCGGAUCAGCCAGCUGGGAAUCAUCGUGUCCUUGAUCUGCUUGUCAAUGUGCAUCUUUACUUUCUGCUUCUUCAGCGAGAUUCAAAGCACCAGAACAACCAUUCACAAGAAUCUCUGCUUCAGCCUCUUUAUAGCGGAGCUGUUGUUCCUUACUGGGAUUAACGUGAACACUAACAAGCUCCUCUGCUCCAUUGUGGCGGGACUACUCCAUUACUUUUUCCUGGCUGCAUUUGCCUGGAUGUGCAUCGAGGGCAUCCACCUCUACCUCAUCGUGGUUGGGGUCAUCUACAACAAGGGCUUCCUGCACCGGAACUUCUACAUCUUCGGCUACGGCAGCCCUUCCGUCGUCGUGGGGAUCUCGGCCCUGCUCGGGUACAAGUACUACGGCACCGAUAAGAUCUGCUGGCUCAGCACAGAAAACAACUUCAUCUGGAGUUUCAUCGGGCCGGCCUGUUUGAUCAUUUUAGUCAAUCUCCUGGCAUUUGGAGUCAUUAUUUACAAGGUCUUCCGGCACACCUCCAUGUUGAAACCGGAAGUGAGUUGCUACGAAAAUAUUAGGUCAUGCGCCCGGGGUGCUCUGGCCUUGCUCUUCCUCCUCGGUGCCACCUGGACCUUAGGCGUGCUGCACAUUAUCAAGGGGUCCCUGGUGACAGCGUACCUCUUCACCAUCUCCAAUGCCUUCCAAGGGAUGUUCAUCUUUAUAUUCCUCUGCGUCCUUUCAAAGAAGAUUCAGAAGGAGUACUACAGAUUAUUUAAGAACGUGCCCUGCUGCUUUGAGUACCUCAAAUAAAUCUGACGGAAGAUGGACAACCAACAGGAGAUGGGAGAAGAUAGACCGCUCGGACGAGUUGCCAAUGACGUUGAUGGGUUGUGACCAUAAUUUAUUUAGAGCUUUACUAUGGGGUGGGCUUCAUUGGGAUAGAGUGGGUGGUGGAAAAAACACAGGUAACUUACAAAUCCCACACCUAGUCUUCCGUUCCACGUGGAUUCCCUUCGAUUUUUGUUUAAUGGCCUUGUUCGGCAUUAGCAAGUUGGGCCAACACGCUCCUUGCUGAGCUGUAUAACUCCAAGCCUUAGUUUUUAUUGACGCAGCGCGGAAACAAACCCUUUGGAACUCGAGUCCGCGCCGACCAGCGACCCCCCCCGCACAUUAACACUACCCUACACACACAAGAUG